AUGGGGACGUAUGGUUCACACGAUCCCGAUACCGAGGACGUUUGCAUGAUUCUCUGGAGCGAAGGCAUCGCAGCCUUUCACACUGCUGGCCAAUACAUCAAGAAAUACCUCCAUGACAAUGAGAGUCCUAUCAUGAUCAGCAUUUUGGCAAAUGCAGAUACCCUUACGUUCUUUGCGACAAUUCUCAGUAUCAUGUGCCUGGGCCACAUGCCAUUCACCAUCUCCAUCCGGAACUCGGUCCCUGCAGUCACACACCUCAUGAAAGCCACCAAUUCUAAGUAUUUCGUCGUCACCCCGGAUGGUCCAGUGCAGAAGAUUGUUGACAUUGUUUGCCACCAAAACGAUGACAAGAAAAUCACCACCACCAUCCCAAUGCCCACGUUCAGCGAAAUCUUCAUCGGGUCCUACGAGCCACUUCUGCCGUUCAAGCGGCCUGACUGGAAGUCGACAGCGUUUAUUAUGCACUCGUCAGGAACCACACGAGUCACGAAGCGAUGGUUCAGCUAA